CUAAUAAAUAAAAUAAAAUAUGGCACCAAAAAUAGGAUCGCCUUGGUCCAACCAAUCAAUAUCUACACUAAUUGAAAUGUAUAGCCAAAGUAAUUGUUUAUAUGAUACUAAACUUCCAGUAUACCACAAUAAGCAUAUUCGGCAAAAAGCCUUGGAGGAUAUUGCGUUAACACUACAACCAUACAGGCCUAACACAACAUGGCAAGAAGUGAAGGUAAAAAUUGCAGCGCUAAGAACUCAAUUUGGAGUAGAACACAAUAAAGUAAAGACCUCAUCGAAGAGCGGUACUGGUACUGAUGAUAUUUAUGUCCCAUCACUGUGGUAUUACAAUAGCAUGUUAUUUUUACAAAAACAUAUAACACCCAGAAAAAGUAUUGAAACUCCUGUUUCACAGGUCAAUAGCAUUUAUAGAUAUUAA